AUGGACUUUGCAGCCUUGAUGGGUAAGGAGCUGUCCAAGAGUAAGAAGCCCGCGAGCGACGACAGCGACAAUAAGAAACAGUACCUCAAGCGAUCCGAACUCGAAGCCCAACGAAAACAAGCCUAUCUGGCCGAGCAAGCCGCCUUGGAAAAGGAGCGCGAGGCCAAGGCCGCCGCGAAGCGCAAGCGCGAGCAAGACUUGGCCGCCGAAAAGGAAGCGCGCGACGAGAAGCGCCGCAAGCUCGCCGAGGAGUCGCGGCGCCGGCGCGAGGAGCAGGAGUGGGAGGAAGAGCAGGCCAAGCGCCGGCGUCUCGGCCUUCCCGAGCAGGCAAAGCCCAACAACAGCGCGGACGGCACCGGCGGCGCCGAGAACGAGGAGGAUGACGACGUGUCGGACGAGGCGCUGUUUGCGAAGCUGCGCGCGCUGGGCCACCCAGCGGUGCUGUUUGGCGAGACGCGCGCGGGGCGGCUGCGGCGGUACAAGAAGGCGAGCACGGUGCUGACGGACGGGCCGAUCCCGACGACGCUGCAGCUCGUCGACGAAAAGGACAUGAAGGUCGACACGGUGCCCAAGGACGAGGCGGAGCGCGCGUGGCUGUACCGACAGCUCGCCAGCUACUUCACCAUGGUGCUCCGCACGUACCAGCGCACCAUGGAGCAGGAGCGGCGGGAUACCAGCGCGAGCAAGAUUGCCUACAACGCCAUGCUGCAGACGAUUGAAAACAUGAAGCCGCUAUUUCGCAAAUUCGAAACCGGCGACCUCGACGACUCGCUGCUAGAGCCCGUCGUCGAGAUUGUCAAGGCCCUGCAGGAGCGCCGCUACGUCGACGCCAACAACGGCUACCUGCGCCUGAGCAUCGGCAAGGCGGCCUGGCCGAUUGGCGUGACCAUGGUCGGCAUCCACGAGCGCAGCGCGCGCGAGAAGCUGCACGACGGCGAAAAGGGCCACGUCAUGGGCGACGAGGUGACGCGCAAGUUCUUGCAGAGCAUCAAGCGCUGCUUGACGUUUGCGCAAGUGCGCUGGCCGCCGGAAGACUUGCGGCAGCUGAUGGGAUAA